AUGUUUGUGAUCGGGAGACAACCAAGCAAGCAAGGACCGCGGAUUCAGAGAGUUGUUUCCCUCUCAAAGGAUUCCAAUCUUCCAGGCCUCUCUUCACAAGCGUCUGUCGGUCGAAAUUCUCAGUUUUUCAACCUCACUGCUGAAGACAGAAAAACUCUUGGUGGUAUUGAAUACCGCGCGCUGAAGGUGCUGCUAAGGAUCGUAAUCGGGUAUCUCGUUGGGCUUCAUCUACUUGGUAUAAUUUGCCUGGUCCCCUGGAUCCUCCAUGCGGACCCCAAGUACAGGAACUAUCUUGAGGAAUGUGACAAGGAAGUGUCUGGUGGCUUUUUGUUCGGCUCAAACAAUGGUUGA